AUGCACUUGACUAUCACUUAUCAAGAUAAAGAAUACCCUAUUACUGUUGAAGAAACAGAAAUUGUUGCUAAUUUAAAGAACAAAAUUGACAACCUUAUCAAUAUUUCAGUUGAUAGAUUAGAAUUAAAAUGUAAUGGUAUUGUAUUGGAUUGUAAUAGUCAUACACUAAAUAGUUAUAAGGUAACUGAUCACUGUAAAAUAGAAGUUAACGUUUUACCACCACAACUUCAUUCAUCGUUAUUAUUCCCUUCAAACGCAAUCUAUAGUAUUUGUGCUAUACUAUUAGUUUACUUUUCAACACACCCAUCAAUCCCUUCAUCAGAAGAAACUACAGAGUCUACUGCUAUGAUAUCAUGUAUUAUUAUGAUUGUUUAUUUAGUCUUUAAAUCCUUAUUUUCAUUAUUCCUUGAUUAUCCAGCUAAACCUACUGUUGGACUAACUAGAGCAAUCUCCACUGCAAUUACUGGUGUAUUGAUUUGUGCAAUGCUCUCAUUUGAACUUUGUUAUAGAAAAAAUGAAACAAGUAUUCUCUGCACAAUUAUUGGAGCAAUUAAUUGUAUAAGUUGUAUAAUGGGAUUAUAUUUCCAUCAUACUUACCUCUCAAAAGGUUAUAAUGCUUUUGGUGAAUUAGCUUAUUUCCCAUCCAAGGCAUUAUACUCUUUUAUCUCUUGCCCUAACAACUUGUUUGAGGGACUUUUCUUUACUUCCUUUAUGUUUUGUACUUCAUUUACAAAAACAUCAAUUAUUUUAUGUAUUUUAAAUUGGGUGGCUAUGGUUAUGUUAUCACAACAUCAGCACGAUGCUUACAAAAAGACUUUUAAGAAAUUCCCUAUUCGCUAUCGCUUGAUUCCUUUUAUUUGGUAA